AUGAAUCCAAAACAAGCUUCCUGCAUUUUCCAUUUCCUCAAUACACACACAUUGCCCACGCCAUCACCAACCUACAAUCCACACCUCACACUCAGGCAUUGCCAACGCCGCCAUCACCAACCCACACCUCACACUCAGGCAUUGCCAACGCCGCCAUCACCAACCCACACCUCACACUCAGGCAUUGCCAACGCCGCCAUCACCAACCCACACCUCACACUCAGGCAUUGCCAACGCCGCCAUCACCAACCCACACCUCACACUCAGGCAUUGCCAACGCCGCCAUCACCAACCCACACCUCACACUCAGGCAUUGCCAACGCCGCCAUCACCAACCCACACCUCACACUCAGGCAUUGCCAACGCCGCCAUCACCAACCUCCAAUCCACACCUCACACUCAGGCAUUGCCAACGCCGCCAUCACCAACCUCCAAUCCACACCUCACACUCAGGCAUUGCCCACGCCGCCAUCACCAACCCACACCUCACACUCAGGCAUUGCCCACGCCGCCAUCACCAACCCACACCUCACACUCAGGCAUUGCCCACGCCGCCAUCACCAACCCACACCUCACACUCAGGCAUUGCCCACGCCGCCAUCACCAACCCACACCUCACACUCAGGCAUUGCCCACGCCGCCAUCACCAACCUCCAAUCCACACCUCACACUCAGGCAUUGCCCACGCCGCCAUCACCAACCUCCAAUCCACACCUCACACUCAGGCAUUGCCCACGCCGCCAUCACCAACCCACACCUCACACUCAGGCAUUGCCCACGCCGCCAUCACCAACCCACACCUCACACUCAGGCAUUGCCCACGCCGCCAUCACCAACCCACACCUCACACUCAGGCAUUGCCCACGCCGCCAUCACCAACCCACACCUCACACUCAGGCAUUGCCCACGCCGCCAUCACCAACCCACACCUCACACUCAGGCAUUGCCCACGCCGCCAUCACCAACCCACACCUCACACUCAGGCAUUGCCCACGCCGCCAUCACCAACCCACACCUCACACUCAGGCAUUGCCCACGCCGCCAUCACCAACCUCCAAUCACCUCACACUCAGGCAUUGCCCACGCCGCCAUCACCAACCUCCAAUCCACACCUCACACUCAGGCAUUGCCAACGCCGCCAUCUCCAACCGCGAAUCAACAAACACAUCCCAGGCAUUGCCUACUCCGCCAUCACACACCUCCAAAACUCAGCACACACACAGGCAUUACCCACUGCGCCAUCCCACACCUCCAAACCUCAGCACACACACAGGCAUUACCCACUGCGCAAUCACACACCUCCAAGUCACACCUCACACACAGGCAUUACCCACUGCGCCAUCACCAACCUCCAAGUCACACCUCACACAUACGCGCAUUGCCCACGCCAUAUUCAACCUCCAAUCCACAGCUCACACAUACGCGCAUUGCCCACGCCAUAUUCAACCUCCAAUCCACAGCUCACACAUACGCGCAUUGCCCACGCCAUAUUCAACCUCCAAUCCACAGCUCACACAUAAGCGCAUUGCCCACGCCAUAUUCAACCUCCAAUCCACAGCUCACACACACGCAUUGCCCACACCAUCCCCAACCUCCAAUCCACAGCUCACACACACGCACUGCCCUUGUCUCCAUAUUAACCCCCUAAAGCACAACUUGCACACGAAUUACCCUCGCCUCCAACACCAACCCCCGAAAUCACUGCUCAAGCCCUUAUUUCUCACGCCAUCUUCUCUACCUCUAACCCAUGGUUUUCGUAAAUAUCCACACCGCCAACCCCAUCCACAGUCCACAAUCCUCAAACAUACACACAUUAUCCUGUUAACACCAACCCAAUACUCAAUGUUACGUACACUGUCCGAUAUGACAGCUACUUAA